CCAUUGCCUAGCCCUGGGAGGCUGUGAGGAAGAGGAAGAUGCCCCGGGACACGCAGGCAGAGCAGGAGCUGAGGCUGGAGAGCAGGGAGGACAAAUCCCCGGGGCAGAAGCUCGUGGCAGAGGCCGUUUGGAGCGGCUCCACGGCGCAGGAAGGCAACGGGGAGGAAAAGGCCCGGAGAUGCCGCACGAGGAGGGGCUGCAAAGGCAGAUGGCGGCGAUCUGAGGGGGAAAGACCCAGCCUGGGCCGGGAAGGCGGCCGGAGAUGGAGCCAGAGCUCGGAGCUGGUGCUCCAUGAGCAGCUCCAUGAUGGGGAGAAGCCCCACACGUGCGUGGAGUGUGGGAAGAGCUUCAGGUGGAGCUCUGAGCUGAUCAGGCACCAGAGGACCCACACUGGGGAGAGGCCCUACGAGUGUGAUCAGUGCAGGAAGAGGUUUCCCACCAGCUCCAGACUCCUCGUGCACCAGCGCACGCACACAGAGGAGAGGCCCUUCUGCUGCCCCGACUGCGGGCAGGGCUUCAGGCAGAACGCCCAUCUUGUCCUGCACCGGCGCAUCCACACUGGGGAGAGGCCCCACGAGUGUGAGGAGUGUGGGAAGAGCUUCAGGCACAGCUCCAACCUGAUCCAGCACCGGAACAUCCACACUGGAGAACGGCCUUACAAGUGUGGGGAGUGUGGGAAGAGCUUCAGGCAGCAUUCCACCCUGAUUGUCCACCAAAAGAUCCACACUGGGGAGAGGCCCUACGAGUGUGAUCAGUGCAGGAAGAGGUUUCGGAUCAGCUCCCAUCUCUUCCUGCACUAUCGGAUUCACUCAGAGGAGAGGCCCUUCUGCUGCCCCGACUGCGGGAAGGGAUUCAAGGACAACUCCACCCUCAUCACCCACCGGCGCAUCCACACUGGGGAGAGGCCCUACGAGUGUCCCCAGUGUGGGAAGAGCUUCUCCAGCAGCUCUAACUUGACCCAACACCAACGGAGCCAUGAUGGGGAGAAGCCCCACACGUGCGUGGAGUGUGGGAAGGGCUUCAGGUGGAGCUCUGAGCUGAUCAGGCACCAGAGGACCCACACUGGGGAGAGGCCCUACGAGUGUGAUCAGUGCAGGAAGAGGUUUCAGACCAGCUCCAGUCUCCUCAUGCACCAGCGCACGCACACAGAGGAGAGGCCCUUCCGCUGCCCCGACUGCGGGCAGGGCUUCCGGCGAAACGCCCAUCUUGUCGUGCACCGGCGCAUCCACACUGGGGAGAGGCCCCACGAGUGUGAUCAAUGCAGGAUGAGGUUUCGGAUCAGCUCCCAUCUCCUCCGGCACUAUCGGAUUCACUCAGAGGAGAGGCCCUUCCGCUGCCCCGACUGCGGGAAGGGAUUCAAGGACAACUCCACCCUCAUCACCCACCGGCGCAUCCACACUGGGGAGAGGCCCUACGAGUGUCUCCAUUGUGGGAAGAGCUUCUCACAGCGCUCUACCUUGACCCGACACCAACGGAGGCACCGAGGACAGAAGCCCCACACGUGCGUGGAGUGUGGGAAGAGCUUCAGGUGGAACUCCCAUCUGAUCCUGCACCAGACGACCCACACUGGGGAACGGCCCUACGAGUGUCCCCAGUGUGGGAAGAGGUUUCAGACCAGCUCCAAUCUCCUGGUGCACCAGCGCACGCACACAGAGGAGAGGCCCUUCCGCUGCCCCGACUGCGGGCAGGGCUUCAGGCGAAACACCCAUCUUGUCGUGCACCGGCGCAUCCACACUGGGGAGAGGCCCCACGAGUGUGAGGAGUGUGGGAAGAGCUUCAGGCACAGCUCCAGCCUGAUCCGCCACCAGAGGAUCCACACUGGGAAACGACCCCACGAGUGUGUGGAGUUUGGGAAGAGCUUCAGCCAGAGCUCCCACCUGAUUGUCCACCAGAGGAUCCACACUGGGGAGAGGCCCUACGAGUGUGAUCAGUGCAGGAAGAGGUUUCCCACCAGCUCUGGUCUUGUCAGGCACCAGCACGCGCACACAGAGGAGAGGCCCUUCUGCUGCCCCGACUGCGGGCAGGGCUUCAGGCACAACUCCCAUCUUGUCGUGCACCGGCGCAUCCACACUGGGGAGAGGCCCCACGAGUGUGAGGAGUGUGGGAAGAGCUUCAGCCAGAGCUCCACCCUGAUCCACCACCAGAGGACCCACACUGGGGAACAGCCCUACAAGUGUAGGGAAUGUGGGAAGAGCUUCAGCCAGUGUUCUACCCUGAUCCAGCAUCAGAGGACCCACACUGGGGAGAGGCCCUAUGAGUGUGAUCAGUGCAGGAAGAGGUUUCAGACCAGCUCCCAUCUCCUCCGGCACUAUCAGAGUCACACAGAGGAGAGGCCCUUCUGCUGCCCCGACUGCGGGAAGGGAUUCAGGCAAAACUCCAACCUCAUCAGGCACCAGCGCAUCCACACCGGGGAGAGGCCCUACGAGUGUCCCCAGUGUGGGAAGAGCUUCUCACAGCGCUCUGCCUUGACCCGACACCAACGGAGGCACCGGUAAGGGAAGCCCUGCGAGUGCCCCGAGUGCGGGAAGAGCUUCGUCCAGAGCUCGGAGCUGGUGCUCCAUGAGCAGCUCCAUGAUGGGGAGAAGCCCCACACAUGCGUGGAUUGUGGGAAGAGCUUCAGGUGGAACUCCCAUCUGAUCAAGCACCAGAGGAGCCACACUGGGGAGAGGCCCUAUGAGUGUGAUCAGUGCAGGAAGAGGUUUCCCACCAGCUCCAGUCUCCUCCUGCACCAGCGCACGCACACAGAGGAGAGGCCCUUCCGCUGCCCCGACUGCGGGCAGGGCUUCCGGCGAAACGCCCUUCUUGUCAUGCAUCGGCGCAUCCACACUGGGGAGAGGCCCCACGAGUGUGAGGAGUGUGGGAAGAGCUUCAGGCAGAGCUCCCACCUGAUCCAGCACCAGAGGACCCACACUGGGAAACGGCCCCACGAGUGUGGCGAGUGUGGGAAGAGCUUCAGUCACCAUUCCAACCUGAUUGUCCACCAGACGAUCCACACUGGGGAGAGGCCCUACGAGUGUGAUCAAUGCAGGAAGAGGUUUCGGAUCAGCUCCCAUCUCCUCCGGCACUAUCAGAGUCACACACAGGAGAGGCCCUUCUGCUGCCCCGACUGCGGGAAGGGAUUCAAGGACAACUCCACCCUCAUCAGGCACCAGCACAUCCACACUGGGGAGAGGCCCUACGAGUGUCCCCAGUGUGGGAAGAGCUUCUCCAGGAGCUCUACCUUGACCCGACACCAACGGAGGCACCGGUAAGGGAAGCCCUGCGAGUGCCCCGAGUGCGGGAAGAGCUUCGUGCGCUCCUCAAAUCUCCUGAAUGAGCCUCAAAUUCAUCCGGGGGAAAGACCCAGCCUGGGCCGGGAAGGCGGCCGGAGAUGGAGCCAGAGCUCGGAGCUGGUGCUCCCUGAGCAGCUCCAUGAUGGGGAGAAGCCCCACACGUGCGUGGAGUGUGGGAAGAGCUUCAGGUGGAACUCCGAGCUGAUCAGGCACCAGAGGAUCCACACUGGGGAACGGCCCUACGAGUGUGGGGAGUGUGGGAAGAGGUUUAAUACCAGCUCUGAUCUCCUCGUGCACCAGCGCACGCACACAGAGGAGAGGCCCUUCCGCUGCCCCGACUGCGGGCAGGGCUUUAGGCAGAACUCCCAUCUUGUCGUGCACCGGCGCAUCCACACUGGGGAGAGGCCCCACGAGUGUGGGGAGUGUGGGAAGAGCUUCAGGCAGAGCUCCAGCCUGAUCAAGCACCAGAGGAUCCACACUGGGGAACAGCCCUAUAAGUGUAGGGAAUGUGGGAAGAGCUUCCGCCAGUGUUCUAACCUGAUUGUCCACCAGACGAUCCACACUGGGGAGAGGCCCUACGAGUGUGAUCAAUGCAGGAAGAGGUUUCGGAUCAGCUCCCAUCUCCUCCGGCACUAUCAGAGUCACACAGAGGAGAGGCCCUUCUGCUGCCCCGACUGUGGGAAGGGAUUCAAGGACAACUCCACCCUCGUCACCCACCGGCGCAUCCACACUGGGGAGAGGCCCUACGAGUGUCCCCAGUGUGGGAAGAGCUUCUCCAGCAGCUCUAACUUGACCAAACACCAACGGAGGCACUGGUAAGGGAAGCCCUGCGAGUGCCCCGAGUGCGGGAAGAGCUUCGUAUGGAGCCAGAGCUCGGAGCUGGUGCCCCAUGAGCAGCUCCAUGCUGGGGAGAAGCCCCACACGUGCGUGGAGUGUGGGAAGAGCUUCAGGUGGAACUCUGAGCUGAUCAAGCACCAGAGGACCCACACCGGGGAGAGGCCCUACGAGUGUGAUCAGUGCAGGAAGAGGUUUAAGACCAGCUCUGAUCUCCUGGUGCACCAGCGCACGCACACAGAGGAGAGGCCCUUCCGCUGCCCCGACUGCGGGCAGGGCUUCAGGCACAACGCCCAUCUUGUCGUGCACCGGCGCAUCCACACUGGGGAGAGGCCCCACGAGUGUGGGGAGUGUGGGAAGAGCUUCAGGCACAGCUCCAGCCUGAUCCUGCACCAGAGGACCCACACUGGGAAACGGCCCCACGAGUGUGAGGAGUGUGGGAAGAGCUUCAGCCAGCGUUCUAACCUGAUUGUCCACCAGAGGAUCCACACUGGGGAGAGGCCCUACGAGUGUGAUCGAUGCAGGAAGAGGUUUCGGAUCAGCUCCAGUCUCCUCCGGCACUAUCAGAGUCACACACAGGAGAGGCCCUUCUGCUGCCCCGACUGUGGGAAGGGAUUCAGGCACAACUGCACCCUCAUCACCCACCGGCGCAUCCACACUGGGGAGAGGCCCUACGAGUGUCCCCAGUGUGGGAAGAGCUUCUCCUGCAGCUCUGCCUUGACCCGACACCAACGGAGGCACCGAGGAGAACAGCCCCACCUCUGCUCCCACCAUGGGCGUUGGUUUGUCCAGAGCUCGGAGCUGGUGCUCCCUGAGCAGCUCCAUGAUGGGAAGAAGCCCCACACGUGCGUGGAGUGUGGGAAGAGCUUCAGGUGGAACUCCGAGCUGAUCCUGCACCAGAGGAGCCACACUGGGGAACGGCCCUAUGAGUGUGAUCAGUGCAGGAAGAGGUUUCCCACCAGCUCUGUUCUCCUCGUGCACCAGCGCAUGCACACAGAGGAGAGGCCCUUCCGCUGCCCCGACUGCGGGCAGGGCUUCAGGCACAACUCUACUCUUGUCGUGCACCGGCGCAUCCACACUGGGGAGAGGCCCCACGAGCGUGAGGAGUGUGGGAAGAGCUUCAGGCACAGCUCCAACCUGAUCCGCCACCAGAGGACCCACACUGGGAAACGGCCCCACGAGUGUGGCGAGUGUGGGAAGAGCUUCAGGCAGCGUUCCCACCUGAUUGUCCACGAGAAGAUCCACACUGGGGAGAGGCCCUUCGAGUGUGAUCAGUGCAGGAAGAGGUUUCGGAUCAGCUCCAGUCUCCUCCUGCACUAUCAGAGUCACACAGAGGAGAGGCCCUUCUGCUGCCCCGACUGCGGGAAGGGAUUCAGGCACAACUGCACCCUCAUCACCCACCGGCGCAUCCACACUGGGGAGAGGCCCUACGAGUGUCCCCAGUGUGGGAAGAGCUUCUCACAGCGCUCUCACUUGACCCAACACCAACGGAGGCACCGGUAAGGGAAGCCCUGCGAGUGCCCCGAGUGCGGGAAGAGCUUCGUCCAGAGCUCGGAGCUGGUGCUCCAUGAGCAGCCCCAUGAUGGGGAGAAGCCCCACACGUGCAUGGAGUGUGGGAAGAGCUUCAGGUGGAACUCCGAGCUGAUCACGCACCAGAGGAUCCACACUGGGGAGAGACCCUACGAGUGUGAUCAGUGCAGGAAGAGGUUUCAGACCAGCUCCAGUCUCCUCCUGCACCAGCGCACGCACACAGAGGAGAGGCCCUUCCGCUGCCCCGACUGCGGGCAGGGCUUCAGGCAAAACGCCCAUCUUGUCGUGCACCGGCGCAUCCACACUGGGGAGAGGCCCCACGAGUGUGAGGAGUGUGGGAAGAGCUUCAGGGACAGCUCCAGCCUGAUCCACCACCAGAGGACCCACACUGGGAAGAGGCCCUUCGAGUGUGGGGAGUGUGGGAAGAGCUUCAGCCAGCAUUCUGCCCUGAUUGUCCACCAGACGAUCCACACUGGGGAGAGGCCCUACGAGUGUGAUCAGUGCAGGAAGAGGUUUCGGAUCAGCUCCCAUCUCCUCCUGCACUAUCGGGUUCACUCAGAGGAGAGGCCCUUCUGCUGCCCCGACUGCGGGAAGGGAUUUAAGCAGAACUCCCACCUCAUCACCCACCGGCGCAUCCACACUGGGGAGAGGCCCCACGAGUGUCCCCAGUGUGGGAAGAGCUUCUCCAGCAGCUCUAACUUGACCCAACACCAACGGAGGCACCGGGGAGAAGGCCCGUGGCCCUGCACAGCCUGCGGCCGGAGAUGGAGCCAGAGCUCGGAGCUGGUGCUCCCUGAGCAGCUCCAUGAUGGGGAGAAGCCCCACACGUGCGUGGAGUGUGGGAAGAGCUUCAGGUGGAACUCCGAGCUGAUCAGGCACCAGAGGAUCCACACUGGGGAGAGACCCUACGAGUGUGGGGAGUGUGGGAAGAGCUUCAGCUGCAGCUCCGAGCUGAUCAGGCACCAGAGGACCCACACUGGGGAGAGACCCUACGAGUGUGGGGAGUGUGGGAAGAGCUUCAGCUGCAGCUCCGACCUGAUCAGGCACCGGCGCAUCCACACUGGGAAACGGCCCUACAAGUGUGGGGAGUGUGGGAAGAGCUUCAGCCAGAGCUGUAACCUGAUUGUCCACCAAAAGAUCCACACUGGGGAGAGGCCCUACGAGUGUGAUCAGUGCAGGAAGAGGUUUCAGAUCACCUCCCAUCUCCUCCGGCACUAUCAGAGUCACACAGAGGAGAGGCCCUUCUGCUGUCCCGACUGCGGGAAGGGAUUCAAGGACAACUCCACCCUCAUCACCCACCGGCGCAUCCACACUGGGGAGAGGCCCUACGAGUGUCCCCAGUGUGGAAAGGGCUUCUCAUUUCGCUCUACCUUGACCCGACACCGACGGAGCCACCACUAAGGGAAGCCCUGCGAGUGCCCCGAGUGCGGGAAGAGCUUCGUAUGGAGCCAGAGCUCGGAGCUGGUGCUCCCUGAGCAGCCCCAUGAUGGGGAGAAGCCCCACACGUGCGUGGAGUGUGGGAAGAGCUUCAGGUGGAACUCCCAUCUGAUCAGGCACCAGAGGAGCCACACUGGGGAGAGGCCCUAUGAGUGUGAUCAGUGCAGGAAGAGGUUUAAGACCAGCUCCAGUCUCCUCGUGCACCAGCGCACGCACACAGAGGAGAGGCCCUUCCGCUGCCCCGACUGCGGGCAGGGCUUCAGGCAAAACGCUGAUCUUGUCGUGCACCGGCGCAUCCACACUGGGGAGAGGCCCCACGAGUGUGAGGAGUGUGGGAAGAGCUUCAGGCAGAGCUCCACCCUGAUCCAGCACCAGAGGACCCACACUGGAGAACGGCCUUACAAGUGCGGGGAGUGUGGGAAGAGCUUCAGCCAGCAAUCCACCCUGAUUGUCCACCAAAAGUUCCACACUGGGGAGAGGCCCUACGAGUGUGAUCAAUGCAGGAAGAGGUUUCGGAUCAGCUCCCAUCUCCUCCGGCACUAUCAGAGUCACAUACAGGAUAGGCCCUUCUGCUGCCCCCACUGCGGGAAGGGAUUCAGGCGCAACUGCAACCUCAUCACCCACCGGCGCAUCCACACCGGGGAGAGGCCCUACGAGUGUCCCCAGUGUGGGAAGAGCUUCUCCAGCAGCUCUACCUUGACCCGACACCAACGGAGGCACCGAGGAGAAAAGCCCCACACGUGCGUGGAGUGUGGGAAGAGCUUCAGGUGGAGCUCUGAGCUGAUCAGGCACCAGAGGAUCCACACUGGGGAGAGGCCCUACGAGUGUGAUCAGUGCAGGAAGAGGUUUCGGAUCAGCUCCCAUCUCCUCCUGCACUAUCGGAUUCACUCAGAGGAGAGGCCCUUCUGCUGCCCCAACUGCAGGAAGGGAUUCAAGGACAACUCCACCCUCAUCACCCACCGGCGCAUCCACACUGGGGAGAGGCCCUACGAGUGUCCCCAGUGUGGGAAGAGCUUCUCCAGGAGCUCGGAGCUGGUGCUCCAUGAGCAGCCCCAUGAUGGGGAGAAGCCCCACACGUGCGUGGAGUGUGGGAAGAGCUUCAGGUGGAGCUCUGAGCUGAUCAGGCACCAGAGGACCCACACUGGGGAACGGCCCUACGAGUGUGAUCAGUGCAGGAAGAGGUUUCCCACCAGCUCCAGACUCCUCGUGCACCAGCGCACGCACACAGAGGAGAGGCCCUUCCGCUGCCCCGACUGCGGGCAGGGCUUCAGGCACAACGCCCAUCUUGUCGUGCACCGGCGCAUCCACACUGGGGAGAGGCCCCACGAGUUUGAGGAGUGUGGGAAGAGCUUCAGGCACAGCUCCAACCUGAUCCAACACCGGAACAUCCACACUGGUGAACAGCCUUACAAGUGUGGGGAGUGUGGGAAGAGCUUCAGGCAGUGUUUUGCCCUGAACGUCCACCAGACGAUCCACACUGGGGAGAGGCCCUACGAGUGUGAUCGAUGCAGGAGGAGGUUUCAGAUCAGCUCCCAUCUCCUCCUGCACUAUCGGAUUCACUCAGAGGAGAGGCCCUUCCGCUGCCCUGACUGUGGGAAGGGAUUCAGGCGCAACUCCACCCUCAUCACCCACCGGCGCAUCCACACCGGGGAGUGGCCCUACGAGUGUCCCCAGUGUGGGAAGAGCUUCUCCAGCAGCUCUAACUUGACCCGACACCAACGGAUCCAUGAUGGGGAGAAGCCCCACACGUGCCGGGAGUGUGGGAAGAGCUUCAGGUGGAACUCUGAGCUGAUCCUGCACCAGAGGAUCCACACUGGGGAGAGGCCCUACGAGUGUGAUCAGUGCAGGAAGAGGUUUCAGACCAGCUCGAAUCUCCUCAAGCACCAGCGCACGCACACAGAGGAGAGGCCCUUCCGCUGCCCUGACUGCGGGCAGGGCUUCAGGCACAACUGCAGUCUUGUCCUGCACCGGCGCAUCCACACUGGGGAGAGGCCCCAUGAGUGUGGGGAGUGUGGGAAGAGCUUCAGGCACAGCUCCAGCCUGAUCCUGCACCAGAGGACCCACACUGGGGAGAGCCCCUACGAGUGUGAUCAAUGCAGGAAGAGGUUUCGGAUCAGCUCCCAUCUCCUCCAGCACUAUCAGAGUCACACAGAGGAGAGGCCCUUCUGCUGCCCCGACUGCGGGAAGGGAUUCAGGCAAAACUGCAACCUCAUCAGGCACCGGCGCAUCCACACCGGGGAGAGGCCCUACGAGUGUCCCCAGUGUGGGAAGAGCUUCUCACAGCGCUCUGCCUUGACCCGACACCAACGGAGGCACCGGUAAGGGAAGCCCUGCGAGUGCCCCGAGUGCGGGAAGAGCUUCGUCCAGAGCUCGGAGCUGGUGCUCCAUGAGCAGCUCCAUGAUGGGGAGAAGCCCCACACGUGCGUGGAGUGUGGGAAGAGCUUCAGGUGGAGCUCUGAGCUGAUCAAGCACCAGAGGAUCCACACUGGGGAGAGGCCCUACGAGUGUGAUCAGUGCAGGAAGAGGUUUUCCACCAGCUCCAAUCUCCUCGUGCACCAGCGCACGCACACAGAGGAGAGGCCCUUCCGCUGCCCCGACUGCGGGCAGGGCUUCAGGCACAACUCCAGUCUUGUCCUGCACCGGCGCAUCCACACUGGGGAGAGGCCCCAUGAGUUUGAGGAGUGUGGGAAGAGCUUCAGGCACAGCUCCAGCCUGAUUCAGCACCAGAGGACCCACACUGGAGAACGGCCCUACAAGUGUAGGGAAUGUGGGAAGAGCUUCAGCCAGCGUUCCAACCUGAUUGUCCACCAGACGAUCCACACUGGGGAGAGGCCCUACGAGUGUAAUCAGUGCAGGAAGAGGUUUCGGAUCAGCUCCCAUCUCCUCCAGCACUAUCAGAGUCACACAGAGGAGAGGCCCUUCUGCUGCCCCGACUGCGGGAAGGGAUUCAAGGACAACUCCACCCUCGUCAGGCACCGGCGCAUCCACACUGGGGAGAGGCCCCACGAGUGUCCCCAGUGUGGGAAGAGCUUCUCCAGGAGCUCUGCCUUGACCCAACACCAACGGAGGCACCGGUAAAGGAAGCCCUGCGAGUGCCCCGAGUGUGGGAAGAGCUUCGUCCAGAGCUCGGAGCUGGUGCUCCAUGAGCAGCCCCAUGAUGGGGAGAAGCCCCACACAUGCGUGGAGUGUGGGAAGAGCUUCAGGUGGAACUCCGAGCUGAUCAGGCACCAGAGGAUCCACACUGGGGAGAGGCCCUACGAGUGUGAUCAGUGCAGGAAGAGGUUUCAGACCAGCUCCAAUCUCCUCGUGCACCAGCGCACGCACACAGAGGAGAGGCCCUUCCGCUGCCCCGACUGCGGGCAGGGCUUCAGGCACAACGCCCAUCUUGUCCUGCACCGGCGCAUCCACACUGGGGAGAGGCCCCACGAGUGUGGGGAGUGUGGGAAGAGCUUCAGCUGGAGCUUCAGCUUGAUCCGCCACCAGAGGACCCACACUGGGAAACGGCCCUUCAAGUGUGGGGAGUGUGGGAAGAGCUUCAGCCAGCGUUCUAACCUGAUUGUCCACCAGACGAUCCACACUGGGGAGAGGCCCUACGAGUGUGAUCGAUGCAGGAAGAGGUUUCGGAUCAGCUCCCAUCUCCUCCUGCACUAUCGGAUUCACUCAGAGGAGAGGCCCUUCUGCUGCCCCGACUGCGGGAAGGGAUUCAAGGACAACUCCACCCUCAUCACCCACCGGCGCAUCCACACUGGGGAGAGACCCUACGAGUGUCCCCAGUGUGGGAAGAGCUUCUCCAGCAGCUCUCACUUGACCCAACACCAACGGAGGCACCGGUAAGGGAAGCCCUUACUGAUUUCUGUGUGCGGCCGGAGAUGGAGCCAGAGCUCGGAGCUGGUGCUUCAUGAGCAGCUCCAUGCUGGGGAGAAGCCCCACACGUGCGUGGAGUGUGGGAAGAGCUUCAGGUGGAACUCUGAGCUGAUCCUGCACCAGAGGAGCCACACUGGGGAACGGCCCUACGAGUGUGGGGAGUGUGGGAAGAGCUUCAUCUGGAGCUCCAACCUGAUCAAGCACCAGAGGAUCCACACUGGGGAGAAGCCCCACGAGUGUGAGGAGUGUGGGAAGAGCUUCAUCUGGAGCUCCAACCUGAUCAGGCACCAGGGGAUCCACACCGGGGAGAGGCCCUACGAGUGUGAUCAAUGCAGGAAGAGGUUUCAGACCAGCUCUGGUCUCCUCGUGCACCAGCGCACGCACACAGAGGAGAGGCCCUUCCGCUGCCCCGACUGCGGGCAGGGCUUCAGGCACAACUCCACCCUCAUCAGGCACCAGCGCAUCCACACCGGGGAGAGGCCCUACGAGUGUCCCCAGUGUGGGAAGAGCUUCUCCAGGAGCUCUCACUUGACCCGACACCAACGGAGGCACCGGUAAGGGGAGCCCUGCGAGUGCCCCGAGUGCGGGAAGAGCUUCGUAUGGAGCCAGAGCUCGGAGCUGGUGCUCCCUGAGCAGCCCCAUGAUGGGAAGAAGCCCCACACGUGCAUGGAGUGUGGGAAGAGCUUCAGGUGGAACUCAGAGCUGAUCACGCACCAGAGGACCCACACUGGGGAGAGGCCCUAUCAGUGUGAUCAGUGCAGGAAGAGGUUUAAGACCAGCUCCAGUCUCCUCGUGCACCAGCGCACGCACACAGAGGAGAGGCCCUUCCGCUGCCCCGACUGCGGGCAGGGCUUUAGGCGAAACGCCCAUCUUGUCAGGCACCGGCGCAUCCACACUGGGGAGAGGCCCCACGAGUGUGAGGAGUGUGGGAAGAGCUUCAGCCAGAGCUCCAUCCUGAUCAAGCACCAGAGGAUCCACACUGGGGAACGGCCCUUUGAGUGUGGGGAUUGUGGGAAGAGCUUCAGGCAGCGUUCCCACCUGAUUGUCCACCAGACGAUCCACACCGAGGAGAGGCCCUACGAGUGUGAUCAAUGCAGGAAGAGGUUUCGGAUCAGGUCCCAUCUCUUCCUGCACUAUCGGAUUCACACAGAGCAGAGGCCCUUCUGCUGCCCUGACUGCGGGAAGGGAUUCAGGCACAACUCCACCCUCAUCACCCACCGGCGCAUCCACACCGGGGAGAGGCCCUACGAGUGUCCCCAGUGUGGGAAGAGCUUCUCACAGCGCUCUCACUUGACCCGACACCAACGGAGGCACCAUGAUGGGGAGAAGCCCCACACGUGCGUGGAGUGUGGGAAGAGCUUCAGGUGGAACUCUGAGCUGAUCAGGCACCAGAGGACCCACACUGGGGAGAGACCCUAUGAGUGUGAUCAGUGCAGGAAGAGGUUUUCCACCGGCUCCAGUCUCCUCGUGCACCAGCGCACGCACACAGAGGAGAGGCCCUUCCGCUGCCCCGACUGCGGGCAGGGCUUCAGCCACAACUCCAGUUUUGUCGUGCACCGGCGCUUCCACACUGGGGAGAGGCCCCACGAGUGUGGGGAGUGUGGGAAGAGCUUCAGCCAGAGCUCCCACCUGAUUGUCCACCAAAAGAUCCACACUGGGGAACAGCUCUACGAGUGCGAUCAAUGCAGGAAGAGGUUUAAGACCAGCUCUGGUCUAGUCAGGCACCAGCGCACGCACACAGAGGAGAGGCCCUUCCGCUGCCCCGACUGCGGGAAGGGCUUCAGGCAAAACGCCCAUCUUGUCGUGCACCGGCGCAUCCACACUGGGGAGAGGCCCCAUGAGUGUGAGGAGUGUGGGAAGAGCUUCAGACAGAUCUCCAACCUGAUCCUGCACCAGAGGAUCCACACUGGGGAACAGCCCUACAAGUGUAGGGAAUGUGGGAAGAGCUUCAGGCAGCGUUCCCACCUGAUUGUCCACCAGACGAUCCACACUGGGGAGAGGCCCUACGAGUGUGAUCAAUGCAGGAAGAGAUUUCGGAUCAGCUCCCAUCUCCUCCUGCACUAUCAGAGUCACACAGAGGAGAGGCCCUUCUGCUGCCCCGACUGCGGGAAGGGAUUCAAGGACAACUCCACCCUCGUCACCCACUGGCGCAUCCACACCGGGGAGAGGCCCUACGAGUGUCCCCAGUGUGGGAAGAGCUUCUCCAGCAGCUCUCACUUGACCCGACACCAACGGAUCCAUGAUGGGGAGAAGCCCCACACAUGCGUGGAGUGUGGGAAGAGCUUCAGGCGGAACUCCGAGCUGAUCCUGCACCAGAGGAUCCACACUGGGGAGAGGCCCUACGAGUGUGGGGAGUGUGGGAAGAGCUUCAGCUGCAGCUCUGACCUGAUCAGGCACCAGAGGAGCCACACUGGGGAGAGGCCCUACGAGUGUGAUCAGUGCAGGAAGAGGUUUCCCACCAGCUCCAGUCUCCUCCUGCACCAGCGCACGCACACAGAGGAGAGGCCCUUCCGCUGCCCCGACUGCGGGCAGGGCUUCAGGCACAACUGCAAUCUUGUCAUGCACCGGCGCAUCCACACUGGGGAGAGGCCCCACGAGUGUGAGGAGUGUGGGAAGAGCUUCAGCCAGAGCUCCCACCUUAUCCGCCACCAGAGGACCCACACUGGGGAGAGGCCCUUCGAGUGUGGGGAGUGUGGGAAGAGCUUCAGCCAGCGUUCUAACCUGAUUGUCCACCAGACGAUCCACACUGGGGAGAGGCCCUACGAGUGUGAUCGAUGCAGGAAGAGGUUUCAGAUCAGCUCCCAUCUCCUCCGGCACUAUCGGAUUCACACAGAGGAGAGGCCCUUCCGCUGCCCCGACUGUGGGAAGGGAUUCAGGCACAACUCCACCCUCAUCAGGCACCGGCGCAUCCACACUGGGGAGAGGCCCUACGAGUGUCCCCAGUGUGGGAAGAGCUUCUCCAGCAGCUCUGCCUUGACCCGACACCAACGGAGGCACCGAGAGGGUAAGCCCUACAAGUGCUUGGAGUGUGGGAAGAGCUUCAGGCAGAGCAAUCGCCUGAUGCGCCACCAGAUGAUCCACACAGGGGAAUGGCCCUACGAGUGUGGGGAAUGUGGGAAGGGCUUCCGGUGCAGCUCUGACCUGAUUGUCCACCAGAGGAUCCACACUGGGGAACGGCCCUAUGAGUGUCCUGAGUGCCAGAAGAAGUUUCGGACCAGCUCCCAUCUCAUCCUGCACCAGCGGAUUCACACAGAGGAGAGGCCAUUCCGCUGCCCCGACUGCGGGAAGGGCUUCAAGCAGAACUCCCACCUCGUCACCCAUCAGCACAUCCACUCUGGGGAGAGGCCCUACGAGUGUUCUGAGUGUAGGAAGAGGUUUCAGACCAGCUCCCAUCUCCUUCUGCACCAGCGGAUUCACACAGAGGAGAGGCCCUUCCGCUGCCCCGACUGCGGAAAGGGCUUCAAGCAAAACUCCCACCUCGUCACCCACCAACGCAUCCACACUGGGGAGAGGCCCUACCAGUGCCGCGAGUGUGGACAGAGCUUCAGGCGGAGCUCAGAGCUGGUGGUGCAUGAGCAGCUUCACGAUGGGAAGAAGCCCUACAAGUGCUUGGAGUGUGGGAAGAGCUUCAGGCAGAGCAAUCGCCUGAUGCGCCACCAGAUGAUCCACACAGGGGAAUGGCCCUACGAGUGUGGGGAAUGUGGGAAGGGCUUCCGGUGCAGCUCUGACCUGAUUGUCCACCAGAGGAUCCACACUGGGGAACGGCCCUAUGAGUGUCCUGAGUGCCAGAAGAAGUUUCGGACCAGCUCCCAUCUCAUCCUGCACCAGCGGAUUCACACAGAGGAGAGGCCAUUCCGCUGCCCCGACUGCGGGAAGGGCUUCAAGCAGAACUCCCACCUCGUCACCCAUCAGCACAUCCACUCUGGGGAGAGGCCCUACGAGUGUUCUGAGUGUAGGAAGAGGUUUCAGACCAGCUCCCAUCUCCUUCUGCACCAGCGGAUUCACACAGAGGAGAGGCCCUUCCGCUGCCCCGACUGCGGAAAGGGCUUCAAGCAAAACUCCCACCUCGUCACCCACCAACGCAUCCACACUGGGGAGAGGCCCUACCAGUGCCGCGAGUGUGGGAAGAGCUUCACCCAGAGCUCGGAGCUGGGGGUCCCCGAGCAGCUUCGCGAUGGGGAGAAGCCCUACAGGUGUGGGGAAUGUGGGAAGGGCUUCAGCCGAAGCUCAGCCCUGGUCCGCCACCAAAGGAUCCACACUGGAGAAAGGCCCUAUGAGUGUGGGGAGUGUGGGAAGAGCUGCAGAGACAACUUUGACCUGACCAACCACCAGAGGAGCCACACGGGGGAACGGCCAUAUGAGUGUGGGGAAUGUGGGAAGAGCUUUCAGAGAAGCUCCUCUCUUGUGAAGCAUCAGCGGACACACACAGAUGAGAGGCCCUACGAGUGUCCCAAAUGUGGGAAGAGGUUUCAGACAAGCUGCCAUCUCCUCACACACGAGCGGAUUCACACUGAGGAGAGGCCCUUCCGCUGCCCCGACUGCAUGAAGGGCUUCAAAUAUAACCCCGACCUCAUCAAGCACCGGCGCAUCCACACCGGGGAGAGGCCCUACGAGUGUCCCGAGUGUGGGAAGAGAUUCACCCAGAAGUCGAACCUGAUUGUCCACAAGAGGACCCACACCGGCGAGAGGCCCUACGAGUGUGGGCAAUGUGGGAAGAGAUUCAGCCAGAGCUCUGAACUGAUGCUUCACCAGAGGAUCCACACUGGGGACCGGCCUUACGAGUGUCCCGACUGCGGGAAGAGCUACAGCCGGAGCGAUCACCUGAUGAUCCAUCAGAGGAGCCACACCGGGGAGCGGCCCUACGAGUGUGGGGAGUGCUGGAAGAGGUUUCAGAGCAGCUCAGAUCUCCUCGUACAUCAGCGGGUUCACACGGACGAGAGGCCCUUCCGCUGCCCUGACUGUGGAAAGGGAUUCAAGCACAACUCCACCCUUGUCACCCACCGGCGCAUCCACACCGGAGAGAGGCCCUACGAGUGUCGCCAGUGUGGGAAGAGAUUCAGCCAGAGCUCAGAGCUUGGGGUCCAUGAGCAGCUUCAGGAGGGGGAGAAGCUCCACAAGUGCUCGAAAUGUGGGAAGAGCUUCAGCAAGAGAUCCUUCCUGAUCUAUCAUUGGAGAAUGCACACUGGGGAACGGCCCUACAAGUGUGGAGAGUAUGGGAAGAGCUUCUGCAAACAUGCCAACCUGCCUGUCCACCUGAGGAGCCACACGGGGGAAAAGCCCUACGAGUCUGAGGAAUGCAGGAAGGGGUUUCUGACCAGCUCUCACCUCCUUGUUUACUAGUGGAUUCACACAGAGGAGAGGCCCUUCUGCUGACCUGACUGUGGGAAGGCCUUUAGGCACAACUCCCACCCUGUCAGCCACUGACACAUCCACACCAGAGAAAAGCCCUAUGACUGUCCCGACUGUGUCAGGAGCUUCCCACAAGGCUCAGCCUUGACCCAACACCAACGGAGGCACCUAAGGAAGCCCUGUGAGUGCCCCGAGUGCAGGAAGAGCUUUGUGCGCUGCUCCAGCUCCAUCCUCCAUGGGAGGAUCCUGGCUGGAUGAUCCCCAGUGACCCCCGGUGAUCCGUGGUGCCAGUGAUCCAUGUUGGGAAGACACCUGCCUGGGGGCUCCAUGUCCCCCUGGCUCCCCGUGAGCACCUGGACACAUCCACAGACCAACAUCCAAAAUCCGUUGUGGAGAGCAGAUUUGCCAACAUCUGACCGCAGAAAAAUCUCACAUUUUGUGUCAUCCUAGUGGCAUUAAGCAAUACUGGACAACAUUGCAGGUCUUCUCCAACAUAAAUCCAUUGUUUUAAUUCUCCCUGGCCCACAGACAUCUUCUACAGCCAAAUGGGGACAAAGUGGGGCAAACCCCCUGAUUUUGGAGACAGUGGGAUGGAAACCCCUCCGAAAAAGGUUCUUCCCACCCACCCAAGCACGUGGAUGCUCUGCUGGCACAGACACAAAAAUAAUUUUGUUUUGGCCUUGAAACGAAAAGGUUUCUGUUCAUCCCUUUGAAACUCCUGAAAUUGGGGUAAAAAUAAUGACAUUGAACUAAGGCAUGGAUGGGGACAUUUGGGGGACAAUGCCAUGGGUGGGGACAUGUGGGGAUAUGGACAUGUAUGGGGGCACAGGGAUACAUGGACAUGAAUAGGGAUAUUUCACCACUGUGGUGUCCCAGCCAAAUGUCACCACCCACCAGGGCAGGACGGGGACCUUGUUCAGCUGGUGACAAGUAGCCCAGAAGCGAGUGACAGGCACCAGGCUGUCCCAGGGCCAUAGCACUCAGGGGACACCAACCACCCCUGGGGAACAACUGGGUACAAGAGUCAGUGUCACCCAUGGGGGUCAUGUGACCCUGCACUGGGUGUCACCAGAGGCAUGCUGGUGGCAGUGUCUGCACAAGUGUGGCAACAUUGUCCCGAUGUGUGUCCUGGUGGCAUCGUAUCCCCUCCCCAUCCCUUGCCGUGGCUACAUGUCACCCCUCUGUGUCUUCUUGUCCCCCCUUGUGAGUCCCUGUCCCCAUAUCCCCUGUGUGCCCCUGUUUCCGAUCCCGGCUGGUCCCUGGCUGUGUCCUGCAGGGUGUCCCCGUGUCUCUCAAGGUGUCGUUGUGCUGCUCAGGAUGUUCCCGUGGCUGCUCCCAGCGCAGAGCGUCUGCGCCCACUCGCCCACUCCAUUACAGAUGUGCCAUGACACCCACUGACACCCUGUGACAUGCCACGAUACCCUUUGUCCUCUGAUUUUUGGUUGCCCCCCCCCCAUUUUGGGUCCUUUCCCCCUCUUUUGCAUCAUUUCCCCCUCUUAUGGGUCCCUUACCCCCUAUUUUGCAUCCUUUUCCCCCUGGUUUGGAUCCUUUCUCUCUUUUCCAUUCUUUCCCCCAAAUUUAGGAGCCCUCCCCUUGCUUUUGGCACACUGUUGGGUGGAUCCUCCCCUCCAACCCCCUCUCCACCCCUUACCCC